AUGUGCCCCCGAUACCCCGAGCCCGUGCCCCUGGAGCACCCCGUCCCCAUCCUGAAGGAGGCGCUAGAGAAGGUGGACAAGUAUCUGAGGGGUAAGCUUCGAUCUCCCGGCCUGCCGGCCAUGUCGGCGAUUGUCACCUAUAACGACACGGUCCUCUGGACAGGAAACUUCGGGAGGAAGAACGGAUCUGACCCGUCCUCGCCCACACCCAACGAAUACACCAUUUACCGAAUCGCCAGCAUCUCCAAACUCUUCCCGGCACUCAUGCUGUACAAGUUGUGGGAGGAGGGGGAGGUGAACUCGCUGGAUGACCCUCUGGAGCGCUACGUCUCCAACUUCACCAUCAAGAACCCUCUGGGGAGGAGCCGCCUGGCCGAGGAGAGGUACAUCCUGCGCAGGAUGGCCAGCCAACUAUCAGGUCUCCCCCGCAGGCUGCGAUCCACCAACCUUCUAUGGAAGGGCAGCACACAGGAAGCCAUCCACCUGCUGCGGGAUGACGUCUUGGUGGCGGAUCCAGGCACAAGGUGCCACUACAGUAAUCUGGCGUUCUCCUUGUUGGCGCACGUCCUGGCUGAGCAGACCUCGGAGGGGGAUUACCAGCGCUGGGUGUCGGACAACAUCCUGGACCGGAUCGGCAUGGAGGACACGGGCUUCGACCUAACGCCUCCAAUUGUGUCCCAGAUGGCGGUGGGCUUCUACAGCAGCGGACAAGUGGCCCCGCUCUACGAUCUGGGCUGGUAUCGCCCAUCGGGUCAGAUGUACUCCACGGCGGCAGACAUGGCUAAGCUGGCAAUGGGGCUCUUGGGGACAUUCCACCGCCGUAUCCUGGAGGCGGACACCCUGAAGACCAUGCUGACGCCGCUCUUCAAAUGUUCUUCAGAAUAUUUCGCCAACAAGACGGGAACCCCCUGGGAGGUGAACGAGCAGCUCGGCUACGACGUUGUCCGCAAAGAUGGCGACCUUGACGGAUAUUCUGCCACCUUCUCCAUCGUUCCCAGACUGCGGCUGAGCUUCAUCGUACUGAUGGCGGGGACGCGACCACAGGAGGAGGACAUUGUGUCCCAGACAUAUCACUUCCUGAUUCCUGCCAUGGAAAAGGCCUUCAGAGAGGCGGAGAAGAGGCUGAACCCCACCCCCAACCCCACCCCUUACGUAGGCUUUUACACCUACGCCAACCUGACGUUCUACGAGAUUAAGGUGGGGCGUAACGGCGUGCUGGAGAUGCAGCAGUUCGGUCCUCACAUUCAGGACCUGAUCCCGGAGAUUUACCGCACAAUCCGCCUUCAUUUCCUGGAGGAGCGCAUCCUGCAGGUCGUAUUCGAUAGGGAAUUCCCGUGCAUCCUGCGGCUGGGAUCCGCCUCCGUCUCCUUGGAAACGCAGGACCGCCAACUCUUCAACUUCUACCCCUACACCGCCCAGGGCCUCUCCCCCGCCUUCGACGCUCCGGGCCUCAACACCUACAACGUCCAGCGCUUAGACCACAAACCCGCCUUCUAUAAUUAA